AAAAUCUGAGCGAUUCACGAGCGCAACCUAAUCAAGGUUGCUCAUCGCGCAGAUAAUGUGCAGAAAGGUGAAACAAUAGGUGGUGAUUCGAAACCAUGAUGACGAAGAUUGUGAUGAGUAGUGGUGAUUUACAACAGGAGAAAGCAAAUGGUGCGUCAUACAAGGAGUGGAUCAAAAAGGAAAUGCAUCGAGACACAGGGCAACUUGUUCACCGACAACGCGUCGUGUGUACCUGGUGGCGAGAUUUAAUCCUCCGCUCAGCACCUGCGCCGAACAGCAGGGUUUUCAGUUGGAUGGAGGAACCAUCCGUCAUCCAUGCACUUUGACUCUCUGAAAGUUGUGUCUGAACACCUUGUGGAGAGAAUCAAACUGGAAGACUCUCUUUUUCGUGAUGUAUUUCAUAGUGGUGCUAGUUUUCCAAUGUGUGCCGCUUCAGCACCCACAUCAUCAUCUUACAGCAAUCCAUGGGCCGUUACCCAGCAGUGCAACUUGAACACCUGUAGUUCGUAUAUUAGUGAUACAACAGUUGGUCAGGGAGCAAAUAAUGAUAGUCAAAAUAAAACAAAGGCUUAUUCUGUAGGAAACAAUCAAAAUCCAGCUGCAUUUAUACAAGCAACAAAUAAUUUUAAUAGGAAUAUGAAUAAUAAUUUUAUGUGCACAACUAUGUUUUUAAUGAAUGACAACCUACAACCAAAUAAUGCCCAUCAGUCACACAGCAAUUCAAAAAAACAUCAUGAUUUGUUCAAUAUUGCUUGUGAGAAAGGUUGCAACUGUGAAACAACAAACUCUCUGUUUCGUUCUGGUGGUGGACAGAUAUUUAAUGCUGAUAAACAUGCUGCGGCUGCUGCUGCUGCUGUCGCUGCAAAACACUUCAUGACUCCUUGUGGACCACUGCAAUUAACUGCACAGGAGUGUAGUGAAUUUUUACUGAAAAAAGUUGCCGUCUCCAACAGCUUAGCUGUAUCUGAUGGUUCUCAUAUAGGUGCUCAGAACAGUUGUAACACAAAUGAUGCACAGCAGAAGAACAGACAUUCAGGAACAAGCUUGGAUAAUGCUCAAGAGACAAAUAAUAGCACAAGUGGGAAGUUGUCCAGUAGUGAGACUAGCUCUGGGCAGAGGUAUCGAGUUGCCAAGGAGCGCCCUUUUUCAUGCCAAGAGUGUGGAAAGUCAUUUCUCCUGAAACACCAUCUCGUGACACAUGCUCGAGUUCACACUGGUGAACGGCCACAUGUGUGUCCAGAGUGUGGAAAGAGUUUUGCACACAAGCACUGUCUUAGUACACAUCUCCUUCUUCAUAGUAGUCAGCGCCCUUAUCAAUGUCUUGAAUGUAAGAAGUCAUUCACUCUGAAACAUCAUCUUGUGACUCACGCUCGAGUUCAUAGCCGGGAUCGGCCAUUCGUCUGUCGAGAGUGCGGGCGAACAUUUCCUCAGAAGCGUCAUUUGGCCACACACGCAAAGUUUCACUCGGGUGAGCGCCCACAUGUGUGUGAGGAGUGUGGUGAAUCAUUCUCACGUGAGGACCAUCUGGUGAUCCAUUCACGCUUCCAUGGCGGACAGCACCCAUAUGUGUGUCCAGAUUGUGGAAGUACUUUUGCCCGCAAAUUUGAGCUGGUGAACCACGGACGCCUGCACGGUCGCAUUCCCCAUUCCUGCGAUGUGUGUGGCAAGGAGUUCCUACAGAAGCGCACACUGCUCGCUCACGCUCGACUCCACGUGGAAGGAGAACGGCCAUUUGUCUGCCAGCACUGUGGUGAAACUUUCCCACGCAGAACUGAACUUGUUGAGCACUCCCACAUUCAUGCAGAUGAGAAGGCCUUCGUAUGCAGGGAAUGUGGUGAUUGUUUCCCAAAUCGAGAGGCUCUAGCUCUGCACUACCGUCUUCACGCCGGUGAUCGUAACUUUGUCGCCGAUUUGUGCGGUCUCGCGGCAGCAUUUCAGCAGCCCGCGGCACACUUCCUGUGUCCAACUCCUCUUCACCCUACCGCCAUGAAUAAAUUGAACCAGAGCUCUGCUGGAACCUCUGCGUCAAGUAGCGGUAUAGUGCCGUCAACUCCGCAGCUGAAACCGAAGCCUCACGUGUGUCGUGACUGUGGCAAAUGUUUUGCGCAGAAGCAUGGACUUGCGCAACAUAACAGGCGGCACAAUGGUGGCAGCUGCGAUAUUAGACAGCAUGCCUGUGACAAAUGUGGUAAAGCGUUCUUUCAAAAGAACCAUCUGGCUUUGCAUCAGAGACAGCAUAUGGAGCAUCCAUCCUCAGGCUCCCCUACAGACACAAAGACGUUUGAAGUCAACAUUCCAGUAUCAGGAGAAUAAUUUAAUGGGAACAUUAAAUUUGUGAUUAUCAGAAAACUUUUUUUUAUCUGCAGAUGGCUGUCUUCUGGGUUGUAGCAUGCAUGGAGGCAGCGAGGACCUCUGAAACAUCGGUAAACUUCUACCAAACUACACAGCGCAACAUCCAAGAAGACGGCCAUCUUCAGACUCACUGCCGUGAAAAACUGAAAUCCUGUUGUUGUUGUUUUUUUGUUUUUGUUCUUUAUGUGUACAUGAUUUUGUGACUGCACUCUGCUUCGGAAUUUUAUAUUAAAAUUCCAACUAGUUCUUUGAAUGGUUACAAGAAGUCAUGUUUAGUUCUGUACAAACCUGUAUUGUACAAAUGGUUUCAUGCCAAUUAAUUUACAAGCUAGUUUUAAUUUUAUCUGAAAACUCAGUGAUGUUCUGUGUUUUGGUAUAAGUUCUAAAUCGUCUUCCAC